CACACUCCGGAAGCAGGAGCUGCCUGCGGAUUACACGCAUCUCGGCGCCCGCAUGGCCGAUCUCCGCCCGCCGGAGCCGGGCACGAACGGGUCCAGCGCCGUCGUGGUCGCCGCGCUGCCGGCCGUGGAGGCCGCGAAGGCCGCCGCCGCCGCCGCUGCGGCCGCGUGCGGAGCGCAGCCGCCCGCGCCGCCCUACUCCAAGCGCCGCCGCCGCCCCAGCGUCCGCCUCGGGGACAUCGACGCCCCUCCCCCGCGCCGGAACCACAAACCCUCCUCCUCGUCGCAUUCGCGCCCGCCGCGCCGCCCGCACCCGGACGACCCGGACACGCACGGCGGCCGGGGGCCCAAGCCGCCCGCGCAGCGCCGCCCCAGGACCGCCUGGAUUCCCGCGGGGCCCGCCGAGGGCUGCUACGACGACGAGGAGCGCUACUACGACGACGAGGACCAGUCCGACUCCGCGGCUGCCGCUGCCGCCGCCGCCGCGAUGGCUAGGGUUUCGGGCAGCCGCGACGCCGGCGGUGACGAGUCUGACGGGGUGGCGGACUGGGGCCUCCCCAACGGCCGCCUCUCCUCCGCGAUGCGGCAUGGCCGCGUCAAGGCCUGGCUCGAUGGGCUGGGGCUUUCUCGGUACGCGCCGGUCUUUGAGAUCCAUGAGGUGGACGGCGAGGUGCUCCCGCUGCUAACGCUGGAGGACCUCAAGGACAUGGGCAUUGGCGCUGUUGGGUCCAGGAGGAAGAUGUAUGCCGCCAUCCUCAAGCUCCGGAGCGACAACGCGUCCUGAGGUGGUGAGCGAGCUCUUAGCGUCUCAUUCUUUCCGUAGACUAGAGAGCUAGUAGUAAAGACGAGAAUAACUAGUGCUGCUUUUUCGUCAAUCCUUAGUGUGUUGUAUAUAGGUUUCAAAAGGAUACACAUUGCAAUAACAGUUACAAUUUUUU